AUGCGCUCCGACGGUAGAGGCAACACUGAAGCUGCCAACAGCUCUCUCGACCCGCUACAGAGCUCCAAUAUACCAAAUGUCACCUCGCCCACCCCCGCCGUGCCCGUCGCAUCGACGUCAAGCUCCGACUUCACCACCCGCUUAGAGAUUUUCUCAACCAAGAUUCCCAACUUCUGGAUUGCACCCUUCUGCGGAGCUAGUGCAGGCGUGGCUUCUGGGAUCGUGACCUGCCCUCUCGAUGUGAUCAAAACGAAGCUGCAAGCCCAAGGUGGCUUUGCCCGGCGGGGAGGACAGUCACUCGAGACCAAGACCCUCUACCGGGGGAUGCUAGGCACUGGAAAAGUGAUAUUCAGGGAGGACGGUCUACGCGGCCUAUACCAAGGACUUGGCCCAAUGCUGCUAGGUUAUCUGCCCACAUGGGCCGUCUACCUGGCUGUGUACGACCGAUCCCGCGAGUACUUCUUCGAGCAAACAGAUAGCUGGUGGCUUUCCCGUGGAUAUGCAUCUAUUACUGCAGGUGCAUGCUCUACUGUUGUGACGAACCCCAUCUGGGUCAUCAAAACUAGGCUUAUGUCACAGAGCCUCAAACAAAAUAACGAGGGAGUGCGAGCUCCAUGGCAAUACUCAGGUACAUGGGAUGCCGCUCGCAAGAUGUACAAAAUAGAGGGUCUUCGCUCUUUCUACUCCGGUCUCACGCCCGCCCUCCUGGGUCUGACUCAUGUCGCCAUACAAUUCCCUCUUUACGAGUACCUGAAAAUGGCUCUCACAGGAUAUGGAAUUGGAGAGCAUCCUGACACUGGAAGGUCCCACUGGAUUGGCAUUUCCGUCGCCACAUUCUUGAGCAAGAUCUGUGCCAGCACAGUUACCUACCCCCACGAGGUUCUGCGAACCCGCCUGCAGACACAACAGCGUACAGCACCGGCACCAUCGCACGAAGAAAUCUCCUUCCGCGGAGGACUACACCAUCCCCAUGACCGCGGCCGGCCACCAAGCGUUUCAUCAUCCGACGGCAUGCCCAACCGCCCUCGCUAUGACGGAAUGCUGCGCACAUGUCAAACGAUCCUCAGAGAAGAGGGCUGGCGCGCGUUCUACUCCGGGAUUGGCACUAAUUUGUUCCGGGCCGUCCCGGCAGCCAUGACGACCAUGCUUACCUAUGAGUACCUGCGAAAGUUGAUCCACAACUUCCAGCUCGAAGGUGAAAUGAAGCUGCGCAUGGCCGAGGAUCAAAACGGCAUGAUAUGA